AUGGACAAGGUGACUGUGGAUGAUAGCCACGGAGGAUCAAGCGACAAUGAGGCACAGAAUCAUCUGGAGGUCGUUUUCUUCCCCGACUCCAACCAUCGCCGCAAGUCCUCCCUGGUUACGAUGGACAAACCCAAUGUGCCACCGCACCUCGCCCAUAAUGAUCUGACCACCGCUUGCUACGUCCACAAUCUCAUCGCAAGCGAAUGGGCAACUCCCCCGAAACACCCCAAGGAGACAGAAGAAGAUGCACUUCGAACAUUGAAUGAAGAUGAUGGGCCCGCGGUCAAGCCCAAAGCUCCCCAGCCAGAAAGUCUGUUAUCAAUAGUGGACGACGGGACCGACGGCAACAUUAAGCCAUCGCCGUCAAUCAUCCAAUCCCGACAUUUGACAAAGCGGCAGCUUUCAGACAUGGCCUGGAAUGUGCGCAAACUAUCCAAGAAGCUCGGCAGCAUCAGGCUCAAGCUCACAGUCAAGAACGUCUUCGUGGUAUGCAAGGCGCAGGACGAGUCAUUGGUCAGCUUGACUCGGAAAGUGACGAGGUGGCUACUCUCCAAAGACCGCGACACUCUCUACGUGGUUUUCGUUGAGCGUCGACUACAGACGCAUCCGGAUUUUGGAGCGAUCCAAUUAGUCGAAGACGAACCCUCUGCGGCGGACCGGCUCAAGUACUGGGAUCCCAAACUUGCACAUGAGCAGCCCCAUCUGUUCGAUUUUGUGAUCACACUCGGCGGAGAUGGUACUGUUCUAUAUACCAGCUGGCUGUUCCAGCGUAUCGUGCCUCCGGUGCUUUCUUUCGCGCUGGGCUCAUUAGGCUUCUUGACCAAGUUCGACUUUGCGGAUUACCAAAAGACACUCGAGACUGCAUUCCGAGAGGGCGUGGUCGUCAGUCUUCGAUUACGGUUUGAAUGUACCAUCAUGCGCAGUAAAGCGCGUGCUAAAGACCCGGAUGCGCGAACACUAUCAAGUCGAGAUCUGGUCGAGGAACUGAUUGGAGAGGAAGGGGAAGAUACAUUGACGCAUACUCCGGAUCGAGUUUAUGAGAUUUUGAACGAUGUCGUUCUCGAUCGCGGGCCAAACCCAACCAUGUCUCAAAUUGAACUUUUCGGAGAUGACGAGCAUUUCACAACUCUGCUUGCAGAUGGAAUUUGCAUCGCUACUCCAACCGGCUCGACGGCUUACAAUCUCGCUGCUGGAGGAUCUCUUUCUCACCCAGAGAACCCUGUCAUUCUUGUUACCGCGAUCUGUGCUCAUACGCUAUCAUUCCGACCGAUCAUCCUACCGGAUACCAUUGUCUUACGAAUGGGUGUACCUUAUGAUGCGCGGACGAGCUCGUGGGCUAGUUUCGAUGGACGCGAGAGGGUUGAGCUACACCCCGGUGACUACGUGACAGUAUCAGCGUCAAGGUACCCUUUCGCCAAUGUCCUACCUCACGGCGGACAGGGUGAAGACUGGGUGCAUAGUAUUUCCAAAACAUUGAAUUGGAACUCGCGACAAAAACAAAAGAGUUUCAAGUAA